AUGAACCUCCAAGGAGGCGUCAUUGAGCAGCUGCUGCUUAGCAGCAAGUCCAGGCGGAAGUCGGCCCUGAAGAAGGUUCCCUGCGUUCCCUAUAUGGCCGGCAACGGAUCCAAUUCCUCCAAUAGUGGUACGGUUCGCUUAGGCAAGACUGGUGUUGAGUACGUCGACGAUUGUUUCUGA